UGUGUAUUUGCUGUCUUAACACCUAACUUAAUUUAUAUGAAACACACUGUAUACUGUAUAUUCACUCUGAUGCAUUGACUCAUCGUGGAUUUUUGUCUUCUAUUGGUCACCCUUUACCAUUUGUUUACGUUUAGUUAGACCAAUUGUUAUACCAAUUUGAUAUAAUCGUUAAUGUCAAAGGCAAUUUGGCCAAAUACUAUCGCCCACAUAUAAAACUUGUGUAAAAUUAUACAUAAAGUGCAAUACAGUAAAAGUUUUUGUGUUAAAAAAUACAAAAACUCUACCUUCUUUGCAAUUCGCAAAGUAAAUAAAAAAAUUAUACAAAUAUUCGGUGUGUGCAAUAAAAUUUGAAUAGAUUUUUUAUACAAUAUGGGAAACACGGACUCAAAAUUGAAUUUUCGCAAAGCAAUUGUACAGCUCACACAAAAAAAUCAAAAAAUCGAUGCAAGUGAUGAACAAUUCUGGGAUCAGUUUUGGAAUGGUCAUCAGACAUCGCUGGAAGAUGUUUUCGUAUUAGUCACUGCAGCUGAAAUUAGAAAUUUACGUACUGAUAAUCCAGCUAACCUAGCAACGCUUUGUUACAAAGCAGUAGAGAAAUUAGCACUUGCAGUUGACAGCAGUUGUCGCACACAAUCAGAGCAACAAUGUGUGCUUAACUGUGUACGCUUGUUAAUACGAUUAUUGCCAUACAUAUUUGAAGAUGAUAAGUGGCAUGAUUUCUUUUGGAGCAGUUUGCCUGCUCAAGAAUCCUCAAAUCGACGUGAUAUUGAGCGGGACCAAUUUUCAAUUUCGGCUUCACAAAAUGUGCCACUCGCGCAAUCACUCUUAAAUGCUAUAUGCGAUUUAUUAUUCUGUCCAGAUUUUACUGUAACUGCUGCGCGUCGAGCUGGCCCAGAUAAAGUUGAUGAGUUGGCAAAUAUAGAUAGCUGCGAAUAUAUAUGGGAAGCUGGAGUUGGGUUUGCACAGUCACCACCGAAAAUGGCGCAUAUGGAAAAACGGAGAACUGAAUUAUUAAAACUACUAUUGACUUGUUUUUCUGAGCCUAUGUACAGAACGCCGCAACAAUCUGGUGAACCAAACAGAUGGAUAGCUUAUUUCACUUCUGCUGAUAAUAGGCAUGCUCUACCUUUAUUUACUUCCUUUCUUAACACAGUUUGUGCUUAUGAUCCAGUUGGUUUUGGUGUACCAUAUAACCAUCUUAUAUUUGUUGAUACUACAGAGCCGUUGGUAGAGGCGUGCCUACAAAUACUGAUUGUCACACUUGAUCAUGAUAUGAUUAUACAUCAACAACAACAAUUAGAGUUACACCGUCAGUUGCAAGGUGGGGCUGGUGCUGCAGCUGUAGCACCUUAUGACGAUGGAUUUGGUGAUAACUUAUUUAUAAAUUAUUUAUCUCGUGUGCAUCGCGAUGAAGAUUUUCAUUUUGUCUUAAAGGGUAUAACGCGAUUACUUAAUAACCCCCUAGUCCAGAAUUAUUUACCGAAUUCAACGAAAAGGCUGCAUUGUCAUCAAGAGCUGCUUAUUUUAUUCUGGAAGAUUUGUGACUAUAACAAGAAAUUUUUAUAUUUUGUGUUGAAAAGUUCCGACGUUUUGGAUAUCUUAAUACCAAUUCUGUAUCAUUUAAAUUAUUCUCGAGCUGACCAAUCGCGCGUCGGACUAAUGCAUAUUGGUGUAUUUAUACUAUUGUUACUUUCAGGUGAACGAAAUUUUGGUGUGCGCCUUAAUAAACCAUAUACUGCUACCGUUCCUAUGGAUAUACCAGUUUUUACUGGUACACAUGCUGACUUAUUGAUCACGGUAUUUCAUAAAAUAAUUGCUACAGGCCAUCAACGACUACAGCCCCUGUUUGACUGUCUUCUUACAAUUCUGGUAAAUGUGUCACCAUAUUUAAAAACACUCUCCAUGGUAGCUAGUGUGAAACUUUUGCAUUUACUCGAAGCAUUCAGUACACCUUGGUUUUUGCUCUCAGCUCCUAGUAAUCAUCACUUGGUAUUUUUCUUGCUUGAGAUAUUUAACAAUAUCAUACAAUAUCAGUUUGAUGGCAACUCAAAUCUAGUUUAUACUAUCAUAAGGAAACGUCACGUUUUUCACGCCAUGGCAAAUUUACCGUCUGAUAUGACGGGAAUAGCUAAAUGUCUAAGCGGUCGGAAAAUAGGCAAAUUUAAUUUACCUCCAGUUGCGCAGCAUAAAAUGUCAACAAUAACGAAGCAUUUCCCAUCACAAGUGCCUGAAGAGGAUGAUAUUGAGGUUGAAGAUGACGAACAUGAGUCGGAAGCAGAAGAAAACGAUAGAAAAAAUGAUAAACCAAUUGAUGGCACCCUUGCAGCAUUGCCAGCUGAACCUGGUACCUUAAAAGCUUCUUUACUCGAAACACCUGAUAUAAAUCAAAUGACGGAACGUGAAAGGGCACAUCCAGGUAGUACUGAUUCAACCCCGACAGUAGAUGGCACUUCCGAUAUUGUACAAUAUAAGAACAAUAGUGAAAAAUCACCAUCAGAAUCUCGUACAUCAAGUCCCAAUGGAAGCGUAGUCGCUAGCUCACCACAUAGCAACAGAAAAAGUACUAUACCAAAGGAAAAUCAGUCACGUCUUUCAGUUUCGCAUCGUGGUAGUAUACGUAUGGUGCCCGCUGGACAAGAACGUUGGACACCCACACCGGAAUGGAUCGUUUCUUGGCGUUCAAAAUUACCAUUACAAACUAUAAUGCGAUUACUUCAGGUAUUGGUGCCACAGGUAGAAAAAAUUUGUAUUGACAAAGGACUAACAGAUGAAUCAGAGAUCUUAAAAUUUUUACAACAUGGUACGCUUGUUGGUCUUUUGCCAGUACCUCACCCAAUUUUAAUUAGAAAAUAUCAGGCGAAUGCGGGAACAACGGCUUGGUUUCGAACUUAUAUAUGGGGCGUAAUAUAUUUAAGAAAUGUAGAACCAGCAAUUUGGUAUGAUACUGAAGUGAAACUUUUUGAGAUUCAAAGGGUAUAAAUAUUUAUUUAUUCGGGUUAGGUUAAAUGUAUUUAUUAUAUUCAUGAAGGCUAUGAUUCGAAAUUAUUUUUUGCAUUUACUGCUUUAGUUCUUAUUUUGUUUAAUAAGCAUUCCAUUUUAUGUCUUUAACAGACAAUUUCGCAGUGAUAAUUUCUGUUUCGAAAGUAAAAUUAAGAGCUUAGAAUAUUUAGUUAGUUUGUAAAAAUGAAGGUAAAAAAAUAUAAUGGAAAUAGCAAGGUCAGGUAGUCACAUCUAGUCUAGUGCGAAAAUUUAAAUAUAAGAAGUAAUUUUAUUUAGCUAAAAAUAUCUUCUUUUAUUACGAAAUUCGUACAUAAUCAACACUAAUAGUUAUGACCUCCAGGAAUGAAAUAAAAUAAUUUACUUCAUACAUUUUUAUGCAUCUGACUACUAAGUUUUGGGUUGGAGUCCUUACUAGGAAACUGAGAUUGAACUUAUCAUUAUUAUAACUAUACUGUAUAAAUAUUUUUAAUAUG